UGCAGUCCUCCGCUCUACCAACUGACUUCAUUUUCCCUCAUUUUUGAGUUAGCUUGGAUUGUUUUUUAAUUAGGAAACUGGAAACGCACGUUUGUUCUCUAUCGGGGAAUGUGCGAACAACAGGCAAAUGUAUAUCUUUUAGGCGCAUUUAUGAGGUAGGAAAAGGUUCCUUUUUCGAUCCGGAUUUCAGCAUUUAGUGUUCUACAGUCUUCCGCUCUAGCAACUGAGUUAUGGAUUUUAGAGAACUGUGGAUAAACUUGAAAUGUUUUGAAUUCUUCUGUAUGAUUGGAUUCGUACACCUAGACUAUUCUUUAAGAAACUGGAAAUGCACAAUUAUUCUCUAUAGGGGGACGUGCGAACAACAGGUAAAAAUAUUUUGGGGGGCGCAUUGAUGAAAAAAAAAAGGGUCCUCCUUCGAGCCGGAUUUGAACCAGCGACCUAAGGAUUUCAGCAUUUUGCGUUCUACAGUCCUCCGCUCUACCAACUGAGCUAUCGAAGGGACAUGGAGAAAUCUUUGGAGCAAAAGGUACAUGUUUGUAUCGGAGCAUUGAGUUUAGUCUUCUCUACCGGAUGUUGAUCAACGUCGACCAUUCAGCAAUCGUGAGAUUUCCGUGUAUUGAGCGCUGGUCAGGACUGUCGACAUGUCUCCAAACGGGUCUUUCCAGACACAACUUUCUUCAAUUAUGGAGACGCUGACGACGUCUGCCGUUGCAGAGAUUACAAAACUGGUCGAUUACAGUUCUGCCCUUCUGUUCUCGGAGAUAUCCCGACAACAGGGAGAGAACGACGCUCUUCGGAAGGCAUUGUACUGUAUGCAAAUCGAGCUCGGGACCGAGAGACCAAAGCAGGGCACCUCUUCUGUUGAUAUAUCUUUAGAAGUUCAGCUUUGCGACGAGAUCCAGAAUAAUAAAGGCGUGGGGGACCACUGGUUUCCGGACAAGCAGUUGGUUGUGAGUGAGAGGCACUAUGAAGUGGAUGCUGCCAUCGAAUUGGGAGAAACCAGUGCACCGCAGCGCAGAACAGUGAAGGAAGAAUGUGAAACAGGUCAUUUACAACCAGACCCUAAAGGUGAGGACAGGCCGGAGGAGGUUGUGGAGGCUAGUCACCCGGAGGAAACAGAGCACAUCAUUAUCGGUGGAGAAGGAAAUGGUGGCCUGUCCCUAAAAGAUGAUUUCCAGGCCAUGGACGAGAGCCAGUCAGAGGCGUACCACAGCUCCACAGCAGAGCCCGAGGAAGAAGACACCAGCCAAGACUUCAGCGAGGAGCUGGAGAUUUGGGUCAAGUCUGAGCCGGGGUCAGAGAGCGACACCGUCAGCUUCACCCCCAGUGUCACAGAAAACAAGAUGGUCGACCACCUCACGGGCAGGGAAAUGCACGCCUGUUCAUACUGCAACAAACGCUUCAACUACCGUAGCCAGGUGAUAAUCCACGAGCGGGUUCACACGAGGGAGAGGCCGUUCGUCUGCAAGCAGUGCGGCAAGGGUUUCUCCCAGAUUAACAACCUCAAGAAGCACCAGCUCUGUCACAGGGGAGGGGAGGGGAAUCACGAGUGCGGGGAGUGUGGAAAGGCGUUCUGCCACACCCAGA